CUUAAAUUGAGAUGCAACAGUAAGAUCUAUCUUAAGUAGAGAUAGACAGUUCUCGUAUUUAAGCCCAGAGGAGUGCAGAUCCAGAUCUUUCAGUAUUAAUGUUUGUAAAAGAUCCACACUCAAAGUACAGGCCUGAUGCCUCUAUCAGGUGUUACCUGCUGAUGACAGCCUUACAGACUCUACCUGUAAACACCAGCACAGGUCUGACUCUCCUCCUGUCCUGCAGGGCAUAGUCUGCGGGAGCUAUGAACUCCAACCUGCCCGCUCAGAACGCCAGCGCCAGCUCCAGCGCGACCUCCAGCGCCUUCGUCCACGCCUUCCUGAAGAACCUCUUCCUCGUCUUCCUGGGGUUCUGCAUUAACUACGUCAACGGAACCCUGGUGCUGACCUUCUUCCGGAACCCGGCGCUGGGCGAGGAGCCGCGCUACAUCCUGUACGUGCACAUGGUGGUGACGGACAUGAUCCAGCUGUCCGUCGCCGUGGCGCUGCACGUGGUCUCCUACGCGCUGCCCGCCAUCAGCGUGGCGCUGUGCUGCUGCCUCCUGCUGGUGGCCAGCUUCACCACCAUGACCACGCCGCUCAACCUGGCGGGCAUGGCGGCGGAGCGAUACGUGGCGGUGUGCGACCCGCUGCGGCACGCCCAGGUGUGCACGCCGCGCCGUACCUACGCGCUGAUCGCGCUGGUGUGGGGCGCGGGCGUGGUCCCGGGGCUGGCCGACCUGGCGCUGGUCCUGCGGUACCGGCCGCUGGCCUUCUUCCGCUCCACGGUCAUGUGCUACCACAAGAGCGCCUUCCUGUCGCCGGCGCAGGACCUGAAGAACGGCGUGGCGCACUCGCUCUACAUGCUGUUCGUCUGGCUGACGCUGAUCUACACCUACCUGCGCGUGCUGCUCGCUGCCCGGGCCGCCAGCGCCGACCCGCUCUCCGCCAGGAGGGCCCGGAACACCAUCCUGCUGCACGGCGCCCAGCUCCUGCUCUGCAUGCUCUCCUACGUCACCCCCAGGGUGGACGCCUUCAUCGCCACCUACCACCCCCACCUCAUCUCCCACGUCCUCUUCCUCACCUUCCUCAUCUCCUACGUGCUACCCAGAAUCCUCAGCCCGCUCAUAUACGGCAUCAGGGACGAGAAGUUCUGGAAGUACACCAGGCAGUACUGGCCGUGCGUACACCGUCGAAAGAAAAAAGUACGUCCCUAGGGUAUCUAUGAAAAUAAAAUGGUCAAACACACAUUCCAGAGUCUCUGCCCCCCUCUGCUAAUAAGCAAAUUAUAUUUAUUUGUCAGCCAGAAAUUUUGUGAGUAAGCUAGAGUUAUGGGCAGAGCCUGAGACCCUGAGACUGAAGCAGAUGGUUUUUCAGCGAGCACAAGAAAAGAGACAAAGAACAGUAAAAAA